CUUUCAUAGUCAGACGUCCAGCUGUUAAAGAGUUGCCCCUUAAUUCAAAUUCAAUUCAAAGUAGAAUGCGAGGUAGAAUGUUGGUAUCUGAUAUGGAAGCACAACCAGUACUACGGGUUGAACGGAAGAAGGAGACGCCACGAUCUGACCAUACCAAGCUAUUAACUCUUUUUUCGCUGCUCAAUGUAUUCGUAGGGUUAUACUUUCUUUUUUUCAAGAAUGGGUUUAACUUGUUGGUUUUACCUGGUAAAGAGAUCACGAUCAUGGAUGUCGUAGAUUCGAGCGACCAUUUGUGUGGAGUUUUGCUCAUUGCCAUCGGAUUCCUUUGUUGGACGCAAAGAAACCAUAUAAUAGAACCUGUCCAGCAAGGAGUUUUUAUUGCUCUGGCAAAUGUGGCAGUUGGAUUUGCAAUAGUAAUCGUCUUCAUCCAUUCGGCGUCCAUUGUCACUCAUCAGACCUACAAGAAUGCCUUUAUUUGUCGCGGCGUCUAUCAAACUAAUGCAACAAUCAUCUUUGAGGUUGAAGGUUCUAAAUAUAGUAAGGAUGUUUUUUGUGGAUAUCUCAACCAAUUGUAUUUGUUUGAUUCUGUAAUGAUCGCUUGUGGGCUGGCUGCUGUUGUUUUAGAAGGCAUGGCUGCAAUGCAUCUGUACUAUAGCAUUGCGCUAUUCUCCAACCCCUCACGCUUAUAAUGUUCGUUUCCCUUGUCAUCUCUUAAUUACGACACGGAAAUCUAGAUCUACUUUCAAAGUCCCUUUUUUUAAGUAAAAUACUUUGGGUGAUGAAACACAGUCAACUUGAUCUACAUUUCAAUGGUUUUCUUUUCAUCAUUUUCUGAAUUACA